AUGCGGUGGAUAUCCCAAUUCUGGCUGCUCACCCUCAAGAAUUUGAUCCUCAUCUGGCGGAACAAGGUAUGGACGCUGCUGGAGAUUGUGGUGCCGCUGCUCAUCGGGGUGCCGAUGCUCAUCAAGGGGGGCAAAUGGAUGGGAAAUUCGCCCCGGGCUCAUGGACGUGUUGGAGGCCUCCCGUUGGCCAUGGACAGUACGCCGCACGACUACGUCUAUACUGUCGCCAACCCGAAACAGCAGCCGAACGCUGCGUUACUGUUGGAAAAAUACCAGCAAAUCGUGAACGCCCUAGAGCCGCCGGGAAAACCGUUAAACUUGACGUUGUUCAAAAAUCGAGCCGCCAUGCAGAAGUUUCUGCAGAAUCAAACUGACGUCGAGAAGGGCCCAGGUCAUUCCGGGACUCUGGGGGCCUUUGGCAUCGAGAUUUUGCACAUCAACGUGAAGUCGGCAGUGUUCGACUACCGCAUCUGGGUGCCCGGCGAGGCGAAGAAGUGGAAGUUUGGCGAGAACUGGGCCUUCACUAACAGCAGAACGGAUUUGUUUGGCGGCACCCCGGUCGACCAGCCGUCGAUGUACGCCGUGAACCGGGUCCUGAAGAUGCAGUUGAUUCUCGACGACGCCUUUAUCCAGAUGACCAAACUGGUGAAGACUGAUAGAACCCGAGACGAGAUCGUGUAUCAUUCGUUCGCCGCCCCGGCUCCGCCGCUAAAAUGGUUUCAACCGCUGGUGUCUGGCAUUCCGGGUCUGAUCGCCGUGCUCCUCUUCCCCGGCAUCAUCCACCUCGCCAAGGACAUCUCGUUCGAGGUCGAGAUCGGGCUCAGGGAAUACAUGCAAGUGAUGGGACUGUCUCCGCUGCUCUUCUACCUCAGCCACGGCUUCAUCGGAUGGCUCAAGUCGAUGCUCCUACUGCCGUUCUUUGCCUUCCCGCUCUUCCGAUACUUUGACAUGUUGCCAUUGCUAUUCCCAGCACUCGUCGUCUUUCUCUACUCACUCUCCGUCACCUCGUUCGCCAUCUUCUGCUCAUCCACCCUGAAGACGUCGUCGAGUGUUUUCAAAUUGACGAUGAUUCUGUGGGUGAUGAUGGCGCUGCAGCCGAUCGUCUCCGGCCCGAAGCUCGAAGAGGUCAUGUGGUGCUUCAUCCUGUCCCUCAACCCCAACCAGGCCUUCGUACUGGCGGUUGACAUUUGGUUGAGCUACGACGAGCGCAACAACCGGAUGAGCUUGACGGACGCAGCCACCGGCUGGACCGAACACUUCAACCUGGCGUCCGUCUACAUAAUGCUGAUCGUUGGCGCCUUGAACGCUACUGUCAUUUCCCCUUUAAACCGCCAGGUCGACACGCUGUGGAUGUUCCUGGGCGCGCUGCUGAUGGAUCGGCUGCGCUCGGAGGAGACCAGCUUUUUGCGCGACGCGAUUGCGCGAAUGUCGUCACCGACGACGGAGCGGCCAAUCAAGGGUGAUGCGGGAGGCGACCAGCUUGUCGAUGAGGUCGACGAGGCGAGGAACGUUGCUCAAGGCGACAUCGAGGUGAAGGAUGUGACGAAGAAAUACGGCCUUGGCGGCGGCUGGGCGUUGAAGGGAGUGAAUCUGAAGGCGAUCCAGGGCCAGAUUACGGUGCUGCUCGGGCACAACGGCGCCGGCAAGAGCACGACGUUCUCGAUUCUGUGCGGGAUGGCUAGCGCGACGUCGGGCACAGUGAAAGUCAACUCGAAACCCGUCGGCCUAUGCCCCCAAAAGAACCCACUCUUCCCGAAGUUGACCGUCGCCGAACACCUCUGGUUCUUCCACCACCUCAAGGGCGGCCAGGACGACCACAAGUUAGCGGGCGCCGCGCUGAUGCACGACUUGAAGUUUGCCGACAAGAAGAACGAGAUGCAAGGUCUGGGCGAGGCCGCUCAAAAAACGGUUUCCGAGGUGCUUGCUGGUGACGCCGGAAGCUUCUCACUCGGUCCCCCGCAUGGCCGCCAAAUCGAGAUGACGAUCCCGAUGAGCAACAAGGACAACUUCCCGAAGAUGUGCCAAGCCCUCGAGAAGCUCAAGGAGGAUGGGAAAGCCGUGACGGGCAGCGUGGUGCUCGUCGACUUUGGGAUGUCGUUGAAUACGCUGGAGCAGGUGUUCCUGAAAGUCGGCGAGAUCGGCGAGGGGAAGAAGGAGGAGGCGGACAGAGGGACAGCGACGGCGUGGGCAAGUGCUGCCCGGCUUGACGUCUUGCCAAUGCUGCUCGCCCACUUCUUGGCGAUGCUGAAAAAGCGGGUCCUUUACAACCUGAAGAACAUCCCGCAAUUUGUCGUCCAGAUCGUCAUCCCGAUUGUCCUCUUCCUCUGCAUCAACUACGUCUGUAACCGCGUGACAACGGAGGUGGACAGCAUCGUCGUUGGCCCAUCCACCAUCCAGCCGGGGCACUGCGUGCUGCAAGUGUUCAGCGGCUCGCAAACCUCGGCCCAGCGCCUUCGCAAGUUGUUGAGCAACGGAUGUGGCCUGUUGGAGCUGUCCGCGAAGAAGAACUUCGCCAUAGAAGUGGUUCAGGCCACCCAGGAUCUGCCUCGCCUCGCCGUCGGCAUCCAGCUGCACGACAAGGUGCAGUCGAACGUCCACAUCCACGCCUGGUACAACCCGAACGGCUACCACACCACCCCGCUGAUGAUUAACAUCGCUGACACGUUCAGGCUGCAAGAGAGAACCGACCUCGACACGGCUCGGAUCACCACCGGCUUCCACGUGUUCCCAUUGGACGCGGAGCUCGAGGAAAUUAUGACCGGCUUCUUCAAAAAGCUACGAAAAUUUGUGCUGAUCCCGUUGCUGCUGCUCGCCUUCUCGAUCCUCACCUCCGGCUUCAUCGUGCUGCUCGUCGAGGAGCGCACCAGCAAUUUUCAGCACCAGCAACUCCUCACCAAGCUGCAUCCGGUAACCUUCUGGGGCGCGUCGAUCGUGUACGACUUGCUGCUGUGCCUGCUCGUCUGCGCCGCCGGCAUCCUCAUCCUCUACAUGGGCGACGUUUUGGGCGCCACGGCGCUGAAGCGACUGUCCGCCCUGUGGGCCCUCUACCUAUGGGCGUGCCUUCCAUUCAUCUACUGCCUCUCGUACCUGUUCUCGUCGUCGGCCAAGGCGAAUACGUUGCUGAUCAUCUGGCAGGUAAUCUCCCCGAUUGUGGCCACGAUUUGCGUCGUCGCGAUCUUUGUUUGGAUCAUUGUCGACAUGAUCAUGUCCGGCGCAGAGGGCAGUUUCACGAAGGUCAAGGUGGCGAUGGUGCCGCUGCUGCUCGUCUUCCCGCCGUUCGGCAUGUGCAUGGGCGUCAUCUACGUGAUUCUUGUCGAAUUUGAAAUGGCCAUUCCUUUGGAGAAGUACAUGGAUCUGUCGUGGUAUUGGGAGCUGCCGCUGAUCACAAUGUCGGUGUUCGGCGCGCUGACGGCGGUGCUGUUCGUUCUGCUGUCGUCGCGGGGUGUGCGGCGGGCGGUGCUGGGCUUCGCCGGGGCGGCAUGUAUCCAUCGAAGGCGCCCCCGCUACGUGGAUGCUGAUGAGGACGUGGCCGCGGAACGUGACUACGUCAUGAGGAACGCGCAACAGAAUUGGCCGCUGCUGGUGUCCGACUUGCUGAAGUGGUUCGGCUGCCAAAAACAACCAGCGGUCGACCAGAUCACGUUCGCCGUCGAGCCGGGCCAAUGCUUUGGACUGCUCGGAACGAACGGUGCCGGCAAGACGACCACCAUCGACAUUCUGACCGGGCUGAAGGAGGCCUCUGGCGGCGCAAUUCGAGUCUACGGCCAACAGGGCACGCGAAGCUCGGCGAUCGGCUAUUGUCCACAGUUUGACGCCGUACUGAUGGAUUUUACCGGGCGUGAGGUGCUGAAGAUCAUGGCGACCUGCCAUGGCUACAGCGAACCGGGAAAGGUGGCCACCCAGGUCCUCGCCGCCGUCGGCAUGUCCCACGACGGCGACAAGCGCAUCAAGUUCUGCAGCGGCGGCCAGAAGCGGAAGAUCAGCGUCGGUGUCGCCCUCCUUGCCCAGGACGCCAUCCGAAUACUGGACGAGCCGACGGCCGGUGUCGACCCGAAAGCCCGUCGCGACAUCUGGAUGCACCUCGACCUCUCCCGUCAACCCGCAGGGCGUACAGCUCAGCUGCUGACGUCGCACUCGAUGGAGGAGUGCGAGGCGUUGUGCACCAAGAUUUCGAUCAUGAUCAAGGGAAGGAUGGUGGCCAUCGGGUCGAGUCAGCAUCUCAAGUCAAAAUACAGCGGCGGGUACACGAUGACCGUGGAGCUGAAGCCGGACGAGUCGGGCGAGCAGGACCCGGUGAAGCUGCACGAGUUGAUGACGGCCAGCGUGGAGGCCCUCACUCAGGCUAUGACCGCCUUCUUCCCCGAGAUCAAGAUCAAGGAGGCUGGUGCGUCGAGGACAUGUAUCUAUGUGGUCCCAUCCACCACCCUGUCGUGGUCGGCAGCUUGGGAAUCGAUCGGCAAGCUGUGCUCCGACCCGAAGCUGCGAAUUGCCGACUACAGCGUGACGCAAUGCGGCCUCGAAGAUACGUUCUUGAAGGUGACGGCCCAGGCUAAUAACGUGCCGGCA